GGCCUCGGCUAAGAAAGAGUGCAGUAGAAAAACGCACAGGGUUAUAAAAGACGCAUUCUCGAAACGGGACACAAUUCUAUCAAUUAUGGGAAAUCACAAGGCACAAAGAUCGGGAAACUCCUCGCGGUUUGACGCUAAACUCUGCAUGGACGGGGCUGGAGACAUAUGCUGUGAAAAACAAGAACCCAUCGCUGAGGUGAGUCGGGAGUUCUCGGAGAAACAACAUACUAACUCCGACAGCUCAGAAACCUCGGAAAGCGAUGAAAUAGAACUGAAACAGGGUAAGAAUGAAGCUGAGCAACCCGAGCAAGAAACGAGUGGAGCCGAAACAGACUUUUCACUCUCAGACGUCAACGACAAAGUGCUUAAAAUCAAAUUAGAUGUCGGACAUUACUCGGACACUUUAGACAGACUACUGGAAAGAAACAGACAUCAUUUGUGUCUGUCGCCAGCUAGUAGUGAUGUAUCUGUAGACUCGGUCGAGAAAGCACCAACGCCAAAAACUAUUCAUUCUUCUUCAUCGUCUAGCAUGCUUUGA